CUCAUAGUUCUUCGUAGGAGCUGUUCUGUACUAUAUUUGGAGUUCUUCAUCUUCCUGCCUCCCAACUCUGUGGACUGGAGUCGUUUGCUCUACUCAGCAUUUCGCUCUGCGACAUAUUAGUGUGCGGCAAGCCGGCCCGGGGAGCCUCUUGACUUGAUUAGGUCGUAGCACUGGAAAAGCGAGGGUUGAUCUGAAAUGUGUGGAAGAGUAGUAAUUUAGUUGUCGGAGUCUUCCAGGGACCUCGGCCAUCUUCAUCAUGCUCAUCUUCUCGAGGUCUUCAAGUGAUCCACUCAUUUGCUGGAUUCUCCGUCUCCUGCCACCUCUGGCUUUACUGUCGAUAAAAGUUGCAUCAUCAUCGCAGAAGCAUGUCGUAUUUAUGGGCGUUGUAGGGAAUUCAUCUCCAAAGUCAUCCGGAAGAACAAGUCCUGAGGAAAAAGACACUCAGAUGAUCCCUCAGAUGAAUUUCCUAUGCCUCUAGCGGAUGGAUUGGCGACUCUGUGACGCGCUAUACGUAUAUCGAUUACGUGUACCGUUUACACCAUCGUGGGCGUUCUGGAGCAGGAGGUGGAAGACACAGGAAUAGGAAUGAAGUAGUGGAAGCAGUCGAGGCCCAGAACCACCAUGAGGUGGAACAAACUACGGACGACAAAAAUCAUGAAAACGAUGUGAGCUUUGUGGACGAGGGAUCUCAGGUCGCUUCGGCCACAUCAAGCCUAGAGUCAUCAGAAAAUAGUGAUAGUGUAAUAUCUGAACAUGAACAAACACAAACCCCUGCUGCCGUGGUCAACGAGGAGAGACGUGAGAGUACGACAAAUAAACAACAACUACCGUAUCAUAAGAGGAGCAAAAGGGGAGGGGGUGAUGAACAUGAAGAUGAGCUCACUCCGAAGGCUAUGCUGUGGGAACGCCUCCACGGAAAUUGGAGCAGCUAUCACAAGUUCAGUACGGCCGCUUUUGAUGGUCACAUGACGUGUGAAUGCUAUCGUGCGGGGUAUAAAGUUCAAACGAUGGCAGAGAUCGAGGCCGAAGCAAAAAAAACGGGUGCUUGGCCCCCCGCGUGGGUGAACACUGUAGUCGAGAACCGCCAUUACCGGGACCCCGAAACUGGCGAUACGCACACUUUCUUUAGUUAUCUGGGCGAUCACGGUGGAUGCCGCGGAGCAAGCGCCGACAUUCCCAACGGGUUUCGGUUUCCUGCGAAUAUCCGAGAAGGAUACAGGGAUGGUUUCGCAUAUGAUGGUCUGGAUCUCGAGUUUAUGUUAAGGCUGAUGUCUCAUCUUCUUCAUCUUAAUUCAUCUUUGCUCCUGCGCCUGCGAGCAUCAGCAUCGCAAUCACUUCUCCUAAAGAGUAUGUAUUUGUACCCUGCUUCGCAUAUUACUGCAACUGCGAAGCAAGAUUCUCGUAGUCUUUGGUCUUCUGAAUUAUAUCGCAUGCUUUUCAGGGUCCUCGUGGUUCUCGGAGGUCAGGCGGGCUGAAUUACGGACAGGUACAGCAUUAAUCAGGCUCAAGCAUGUUGUGAAGCAUUUAGAAUUUGAUGAAAAACCCGCACGAAGACUGCUGCAGGAGCCGAGUGGUGCAUCGAAAAAAAUGGGACCGCAAAGGGGUCGUGAACAUAGCGACCGCGUUAGUAGUACAGAAGAAGGCAUGAUAGGCAAGAACAACCACAAUCAUUAUGGCAGUAAGACCACGAAAUGCAGCUAGUGCUUCAACACCAGGUGUACUUCUCUUCCCGUUACUCCAGGUUUCAAAAACUACAAAAAAAGUAAAUGUACUUUUAGAAAUUUCAAUUUGAGUGGUGGAUCAUGAGGAUGCAUUUCCUACUUCUUCCCAUUCCCUGACCUUCCAUGAUAGAAAAGUUUUCACCGCAGCACUACUUCUUCUAAAAGAGGAAAGAUCAUGAUCUUGAUCACAGUUGCUGUGGCACUGAGAUAGUUGUAGAUGUGAAUUUUAAGAAUAGUAGUAGCACUACUUGUUCUUCUAGUACAAGUACUCCUCGUCCGAUGCUGCCGGAAGCCGAAAGGCAGAAAGACAAAGACCAUCACGAUCAACGGCAGAGGGAAAGCAGCAUGACAAAUAAUCGAGUGACGCAUCUGAGUAAGGCUUAUCGCAAUACAUCUUAGCACAUUUUUAAUUAUCUCUCUGUCUCUCGGGCUCCACCUUAGGUUCUGAGAAUAUGUGGGUAGAAAUUAACUAAGUCGUGAAGUAUUCUGCGCUAAUCUCAUACUAAAUUUUGGAUGGUGGCCACAUUUUCGGGACCUAGACCGAUUGCCGCAGAUAUUCUCCGCAGCGAGGUCAGUUGUGUCUGGCAAAGCAGAUCGGGUUCUCUGGAAAGAUAGGGAUAGCAGAUAUUACUUGAUAUUCGUGUCUGCUCGUCUCUGGUUUCAACGAAUCAUGCACGUUACUUAACUUUUCACCACUUUCUUUUCAAUUGCAAAUAUUUGUACUUCAUCUCAAUUUCUCAGAUGCGGGUGGUGAGUUACGCCGACGAAUGAUGUUUGUUCAAGAAAUUAUUAUUAUUACCAAACAUAAUUAUCAAAUCUCUCCUCUUUGUCUUAGACAGAAUGACUCCUGUUACACUACGACCACUACGCAGACGUCCAUUUUCAUCAAGUAACAUCAAACCAGCACAGUCUGUAGCCAUACUAAAACGUGGAAUAGUUGUCUAACUCGAGGGGUACUCCAGCAGCUGAUGGACGGCCAACACCGUUUGUGGAGCUGGAAAGGCGUGUUCGAAGCUUGGCUGCCAGUGGAGCGCUGACUUAUGUGCCAUUUCCGCGUACAUGGGCAGAAGUCGGUGAAAAAUGCUUCUGCGACCGGGUCCAUUUCUGCUGUCCAGAAAUAUACGCGGAGCAUAACCAACUCAUCGAGGCGCAUAUUUAUGGAAAAGGCCUGCAGUAA